CGACACGCCAUGCUAGCGAGUGCCUUAUUUUCCAUUUUCGGCACCAUGUGCUGGACACGAGACGCUGAUGAGAAGCCGCCACGCACUCCACGCUCUUCCAUCUGCAUUCUUCUCCACUCGCACCAACAUCCCGGCACGAACUGGUCAAGGACGAGGGACGCUCGGCGGCCUAUCCCCGCGACCCGCACCGUGGAUUCAUGGGUUCAUGGGUUCAUGGGUUCGCGGGUGGAUUUCCAAUAGUUUAUUCUGCUCGUUAUUUGAUCACUCGCAUGCUCCUUCUCCCUUCGCCGGGCCAUCACCGAGGACUCGUUCAUCAGCUCAGCCACCUUCACAUGAGGUGGCCCCGGGGCAGGGGAAGGGGAAGGGUCCGUCUCGGGACAAUUCUGGGCCCUCGUUUUGUCGAGUCAGCGUACUCAGACCCGCCCUGCC